UCGCCCGCGGAUUACGAGAACCUGCGUUCUAACGGCAACCACCGCCUCUUUCUUUGCCGCCCAAAAUCUCAAGCACGCUGGCUAGGGUUCUUCCAUCUCCCCCAAUUCCGUCGCCAUGCCGCAAGGAGAUUACAUAAAGCUCCACCGGAAGCGCUAUGGCUACCGGCUCGACCGUUUCGAUCGAAAGCGGAAGGACGCUCGGGAAGCCCGUGAGCGAUUCGAUUAUGCCCAAAAGGCUCUUGGUAUUAAAGGGAAGAUGUUCUCCAAGAAACGGUACGUGAGGACCGCUGCGGAUGCGUGUUUAGUCCUACAUCGGCUAUUUGCCGAGAAGAUCUUGGGUACUUAUACAUGAACCUAAAAAAAUACCUUCUGGGUAGCCUUUUUGGGUAAGAUCCUGGGUUAUGAGAUGGUAUGCCUAGAAGACGCUGAUGAAGAAAAUGUAAGUCUUCACUGCAACCCAGAAAAUUCACUCUCAUUUUGAUGAAACUGCUAAUAAUGUUAAUCAGAAUAGUCAUAGAAGAAAUUUUUCUCUUUGGAUGACAACACCUUGUCAUUGUUGCCUGAAAUUUACUAAUAUGAAAAUCAUUAUGUGGAGUAAAAGUAGUCUCAGGCUACCUUACUGUAGCUGAACAAAUCCUGCUUCAUAUCGAUGUUGUCUGUUGUUCUUGCCCCAUAUAUGAUGGAUCAGAUAUCAUCCCAUAAUCAAAGUUUUUUGAUAUAUUCAAUGAUGUUUGAUCUGUUUUGCAUGCAUACAAGAAUGGACAUGCACGCAAGCAAAACCACAUGUUGGUACACUCUUAUUUAUCCUUCUGGUCCUUUGCAGGCUUGCUAUACAUUAGUCAUUGUCAAUAGGUGGAAGGUAGAUAAGCCGGUUCAUGAGGGAGCUGUUCCUGCAUAUCUUCUGGAUCGUGACAUUACGACAUGCGCAAAGGUUCUUAGCAACACUAUUAAGCAAAAGAGGAAGGAAAAGGCUGGCAAGUGGGAGGUCCCACUUCCAAAGGUCAGGCCUGUGGCUGAAGAUGAGAUGUUUAAAGUUGCUCGUUCUGGCAAGCACAAAAGAAUUUUGGUCAUGGGAUCACCAUCUUUACAUCAACCCCCCCUCAAAAAGUAAAAAAAAGAAGAGAAAUUGCACUCAUGACCCCCACAAAUAAGUACUGAAAUGACACUAAAUUAGUCCUUUCAAGCCCUUGUUAGUGUUCUCCAAGCAAAGCCUGGUUGAUGCCUUUAACCCUUCUUUUAUGCACUAUGAAAUGUCGAUGCCAUAUAUUUUUUGUUUUUUGGAAUUACUGGUUCCUUGUAGUGCAGAUCUGAUUUGAAAUAGAUAGAUUUGCCAGUGUCAAUGGGAUAAAUAACCGAACAACCUGAACUCUAUGCUGAUGGUGGAAUCCUCAAAGAUGACGUUUCCUUCCAAUGAUUCUGUCUUGCACAACAUGAUGGGGUCUUAUAUUGAAAUUCCAUGAAGUUGAUCUGCCUUUUAGAUUUCCUGUUCUUUUCUGUUAAAACCCUUUUGGUAGCUUAUUCAAAUAAUGAUGUAAAAGCAAUAGUGAUAGAAAAUUAAUUCCCUUUCAAAAUGCUGAUUUAUAAUCUUUGUCUAAUAUAAGCUGAAGAUAUGCCUCACCAUAAUGAGAAGGUUUCGAUAUUCAGCUAAGCAGUGGAAGAGAAUGGUCACCAAAGUCACGUGUAGGACCAGAGUUUACAAGAAAACCACCAAAAAAUAUGAGCGUUUUAUCCGUCCAAUGGGAUUGAAGUUUACGAAAGCUAAUGUGACACAUCCUGAACUUAAAUGCACCUUCAAUCCGGGCAUAAUUGGGAUAAAGAAAAAUCCAAACGGUCCAAUGUACACAUCUCUUGGUGCUGUAACAAAGGGAACUAUCAGUGAGGUAAUUAGAUGCACCCUUUUUACUUGUUGGCUGCUUUUCUGAACAGGAUAUAACUGGUGGGCAGCAGGAUUUAGGCUUCCACCCUCUCAGUUAGAUAGUCAGAGAAUUAUUAGAAUGUUGUGGACGGUGGCUUCCUUUAUAAUCUAUUUUUUAAUUGUGAUUUUCAAAGACA